AUGCUGGGCAGCACCCCUCUCCCCGCGACAUCUGUCGCCGCCCGGAGACACACUUACACCGGCGCUCUCAAUCCCCCACUACCCCCUCGACGCAACUCCCUCGCCACGGGUCCAGCGGCCAAAACCGCUCCCCUUCAGAUCAACUCCAUCACACUCACGAGCGCCAUGGAGUCGAGAUAUGCCCGCCCUGCCUCGCCGCGGGGCCGCUAUGCCAACCCCGCAAGGUCGUCAACGGGCACCUUUGCAGACCCCUAUUACGACUACACCUCCUACAGACCUAGCUCACCACGGUCGAGCGUCGAUCGCUUGUCAGGCUCCUUUCACUCCAACUCGUCGGCCUACUACACUACUCCUGCCACCUCGAAUGGCUCACGAGCAAGCAACGUCCAGUAUGACUCGUACGCUGCUGCCCGGCCACGGAGAAACACAAACGACCAUACCUCUCGUCCCAAUGUCAGCUCGCUGACCAAUACCUCGUUACCCCUCCGCACGCCCUACUCCCCCCACGGCAGUACCCACCACGACCGCCCUUCGAGUCCCCUGGUGCAAGCCCAUCACAAGGCCGUGGAGUCGUACAUUACGCCUAGCACUUCACGCUCCACCCACAAGAAGGUAUACAGCGUCGAUGAUGCUAGCCACUCGACCAGACUGGUUGCAGAUGUCGAGACCCCGCGCCACAGGGAUACUGCCGACCGGGGUUACAGUCUUACCAGUGGCGGCCGCAGUUACCAUACCACCACCAAAGCUCCGCCACGGCUGACUGAGCUAGGCGACGAUGGCUAUUCCUACACAGAUCCCGCGAGUAUGUAUCGUGACACAGAGCCGGCGUGGCGGCGGCCGCGUGCAGGAAGCGUGGAACGUGGGGCCCGACCUUCGAGCAUGAUCAUGGAUCGCUCUGCGCGCAGCUCUGCACGCGAACUGGGCCCCCCACCCACCACGCGAGGCCUUGACAAGUUUAACAGUGCCGUCAGCGGCGCUAUCCCACGCGGUCAUUCCAGGGCUGGCUCCCUGGACAAGGCACGAGAUAUUCCGCUAUACGACCCCUAUGCCGAAGUAGCCCCUGCUCUCCCCGCUCGAACAACCGCAUCUCGACAGCGAGCCCCGACUGCGAUUCACCAAGAACCACGCGACCACCGAAGAGACACGUAUCACGAGGAUUUUGAUCGCCGGGACCGGGAUACUGAGAACAGACGUCUGAAUGGCAGUAGUAGUCACUUCGAGGACCACAAUGUUAGCACUCGCGGAUUUGGUAUUGCCCCGGGCAUUGUUCCCAUGCAGCCCAGUGUGGCCCAUGAUCAUCACGCUCUUGACCGAGAGCCGGUCUGGCCUGCUGUUGAGGUAGCACGAGCGAGACCCCAAGAACCGCCUAGCCAGUAUUACCAGCCCGAGCGUGCUGAGGCACGCAUGCCUGAACCUCGUCUGCCCCGUGAAAGGGACCUGGCGGCCCCCCAAGAUAGCUAUGAAAAGCGUCCGCGUGAACGGGAGGGUAGCAACGGCAACUUUGUUCCUGCGGCUGCGGGAGCUGCCGCUGGCGUUGCUGCUGGCGUUGCUGCCGGAUUCAUAAAGUCACGGGACAAGGAUCGCAUUGCCAACGACCGAGACGCUUCUGCGGAGCGGGAAAGAGAACGAAGGCGAGAGUACGACGAGCGUGAUAGACGAGAUCGAGCCGACGAUCGACGCGCCAAGGAAGUCGAUGAUCGACGUGAAAGACGAAUCGACGAGCGCCGCGACAUUCCACUUCCGGCCACGAUUGCAUCUGCUCCUCCUAUUCCUGGCGCCUAUCCUCCUCCGAUAGAGGCAGACCACCGUCCUCGUGAGCGAAGAUACGAAGACGAGGAUCGGGAGAGACUUUCCAGAAAGCAGCCCUCGUCAGAAGGCAGCGGUGAUGAGCGACCGCGCCAUUACGUAGAUCGCGAUGCUGAGCGUAAGAAGGAGUCGGCGCCAAAAGAGGCAGCCAUUGAUCCUGAUGAGGACUAUCGCCGUCGUGUCCAACAAGAAGCUGAACGAAGCAGUCGCAGUACACGCGAUAGAGACAGCGACUCUGACCGCGAGCGGGAACGACGACGUCGCAAGAGCGACCGCGACCGAUCUCGAGACCCCGAAGAACGCUCUCGUGCCUCACCUCCAACGACUAGGGAGGCGGCCAGUUCUCGUUACGAGGAGCGCUCUUCCAGUAUCUACGAUGCCAAACUAGUGCAAGAGCCCGAGUCACUCGACCGCGAUGCUUCGAGCAGAAGUGUUCAGAUUGUCACUCCCCCCAAGGAAGCCCCGCAACCCGUCAAGGGUAUCCUCCGCAAGCCCACCUCCAAGUUUCCCGAAGAUCCAGAGCCCAUUCGUGAGGGUGUAGCUCCACACAAAGACGCCCUCAAAGGCAAAGACAUCCCCGUAGGCGCCCGUUGGACCCGUAUCGACCGCCGCCUCGUAAAUCCUGAGGCGCUUGAACAAGCCAAGGAACGGUUCGAAGAGCGCAUGGACUGCGUCAUCGUGCUGCGCGUCUUGACCAAAGAAGACAUCCAGAAACUGGCUGAUCGCACUAGGAAGAUCCGCGAGCAGAGAGAGGAUGAAUAUGAGCGUCGUGACAAAGAAGAGCGCAGCAAACGCAGCAGUCGUGACGGCAAAGACGAACGCGAUGAUGAGCGCGAUAGAGAGUAUCGACGCGAGAGGGAGAGGAGGAGGAGAUAUGAUGACGACAGUGAUCAUGAUGGUCACGAGGAGAGGGAAAGGGAGCGUGAGAGGAACAGGCCCAAGAAGUUGGAGAUUGAAGAAGCAAGGUGA